AAAAAUACCGACAAAGGGAAAGACACAUUUCACUCGCACUCUCGGGCUCUUGACGCUGUUUUGGUCGGUGAGAUUGAGUAGAGUGACGGCGUGAUUUACACUCAUCUCAGUCUCUGCCUCUAUCUCGACACAAACAGCUUCAAAGUUCCGCUAUCAACGCUGUUUUCGUUCCACGUGUGAAUCCUUUUUUGAAAAUUUCAUGUCCUAAGACCUGCUAUCUGUUCACUAAAACUUUCAGAGUGGAAGUGAGUGCGAGUGUGUGUGAGCGAGCGAGAGAGAGAUGUUCAGUCGUGAGAUUUUGAAUUUCUUGGUAAGGAAAGAUGCGAGGAAGAUACUCAAACGCAAAGACAGUGAUGCUGGGGAAAGAGGAAGAGCGUUAGAAGAGUUGCGUGCCUCUUUGUUCAACAAAUUUCGUUCCCAUGAAAGUGCAAAGCGACAUGAGCAACGUUUAUGUCAUCCUAUUGUUGCUCUUUCUUUCAAUUUCCUCGUUGCCAUUAGCAUUAUUUUCAUGAAUAAAUGGGUGCUUCAAGGAGUUGGAUUUCACUUCCCCAUAUGCCUCAGUUUUAUUCACUACUCAAUAAGCUGGGCUCUGAUGGCCAUUCUGAAAGCCCUCUCUGUUCUUCCUGCAUCCCCUCCUUCAAAAUCGAGUAUUUUGUCCUUAUUCACUCUUGGUUUUGUUAUGUCUCUGUCUACUGGCCUAGCUAAUGUCAGCUUAAAGUACAACAGUGUGGGUUUCUACCAGAUGGCUAAGAUUGCUGUUACGCCUUCAAUUGUUUUGCUGGAAUUUGUAUGGUUUAAAAAGCGCGUUUCUGUCUCCAAGGUGGUUGCACUUACAGUUGUGUCAGUAGGUGUUGCUGUGGCUACAGUAACUGAUUUGCAGUUCAGCCUUUUUGGUGCAUGUGUAGCAUUGGCAUGGAUAAUUCCUAGUGCUAUCAACAAGAUCCUUUGGUCCACUCUGCAACAGCGAGAGAACUGGACAGCGCUGGCGUUAAUGUGGAAGACCACUCCAAUCACUUUGGUUUUUCUGGCUUCUUUGGUUCCUUUCUUGGAUCCCCCAGGUGUAUUCGCCUACCAGUGGAAUGCCAUCAACACGUUGCUGAUUCUUGGAUCAGCUUUUCUAGGCUUCUUGCUUCAGUGGUCAGGCGCUUUGGCGCUCGGGGCAACAUCUGCCAUUUCACAUGUUGUUCUUGGUCAAUUCAAAACAUGUGUUGUGCUCCUUGGAAAUUUUUAUCUGUUUGGCUCCAAUCCAGGGGUGACCAGCAUCUUUGGUGCGUUCACAGCUAUUGCUGGUAUGUCUGCUUACACAUACCUUAAUUUGUUCAGCAUGAAAUCACAAGCAGGGAAAACAUCUCCCCGAAAAACAGCAGCAGCAAAAUCUAGGUUGAGUAGAGAAAAUGGAGAUAGCCACGAUGGAUAUGGUGGGGAAUCUGUGUAGUUGUCUUUGUCAAACAGUUCUUUGUUAAACUAGGUAUUGUUUCAUCAAAUAUAUAUUUUUUUGGCUUACAAGUGGAUGUCUAAAUUUUAUGAU